GGCGCCCGGUUCUGUGCGCCGCUGCUUUACCCGGCAGGAGCGCGAGGUCGCCGCCAGCCGUCGCCGCAGAGCCCCGCUCGUGUCCCCGCCCAGCGCUCCUGCAGUUAGUGGUCAGAGACGCUCGGGCGCCCACCCUGGCGAGCUGAGGAGGCAGCUCCCCGCCCGCAGCAACUCCACGGUGUAACUUUGGAACGCCUUGCUGGCCGCUUCUCUCCAGGUCUGGAAGGAGCCGCCGAAGCUUGCAUCCCCCUGCAGGCAGCGCCCUCGUCGCCACGGACACGCCGUGCCUGGCUCUGUCCCGAGGGGGGCUCUCUGCGGUCGCGUGUGAAGGCUGAGGCGGCUGCGGAGGCCGGCCCUCCCUUUCGGCUCAGCUCUCCUAGGGAACAUCACACUGGAGAGCCAAAAGGAGUGGAAGAGCCUGUCUUGGAGAUUUUCCCGGGGAAAUCCUGAGGUCAUUCAUUAUGAAGUGUACCGCGCGGGAGUGGCUCAGAGUAACCACAGUGCUAUUUAUGGCUAGAGCAAUUCCAGCCAUGGUGGUUCCUAAUGCCACUUUAUUGGAGAAACUUUUGGAAAAGUACGUGGAUGAGGAUGGUGAGUGGUGGACGGCCAAACAAAGAGGGAAAAGGGCCAUCACAGACAAUGACAUGCAGAGUAUCUUGGACCUUCAUAAUAAGUUACGAAGUCAGGUGUACCCAACUGCUUCUAAUAUGGAGUAUAUGACUUGGGAUGUAGAGCUGGAAAGAUCUGCUGAAUCGUGGGCUGAAACUUGUUUGUGGGAACAUGGACCUGCAAACUUGCUUCCAUCAAUUGGACAGAAUUUGGGAGCACAUUGGGGAAGAUAUAGGCCCCCGACAUUUCAUGUGCAAGCAUGGUAUGAUGAAGUAAGAGACUUCAGCUACCCAUAUGAACAUGAAUGCAACCCGUAUUGUCCAUUCAGGUGUUCUGGUCCUGUAUGUACUCACUAUACACAGGUGGUAUGGGCCACAAGUAACAGAAUAGGCUGUGCCAUUAAUUUGUGCCAUAACAUGAACAUCUGGGGACAGAUAUGGCCCAAAGCUCUCUACUUGGUAUGCAAUUAUUCCCCAAAGGGAAACUGGUGGGGCCACGCCCCGUACAAACAUGGACGGCCCUGUUCUGCAUGCCCACCUAGUUUUGGAGGGGGCUGUAGAGAAAAUCUGUGCUACAAAGAAGGGUCAGACAGGUAUUAUCCUGCUCGAGAAGAAGAAACAAACGAAAUUGAACGGGAGCAGUCACAAGUCCAUGAUACCCACGUUUGGACAAGAUCAGAUGAUAGUAAUAGAAACGAAGUCAUAAGUACACAGCAAAUGUCCCAGAUUGUUUCUUGUGAAGUAAGACUAAGAGAUCAGUGCAAAGGAACAACCUGCAAUAGGUAUGAAUGCCCUGCUGGCUGUUUGGAUAGUAAAGCUAAAGUUAUUGGCAGUGUACAUUAUGAAAUGCAAUCCAGCAUCUGUAGAGCUGCAAUUCAUUAUGGUAUAAUAGACAAUGAUGGUGGUUGGGUAGAUAUCACUAGACAAGGAAGAAAACAUUAUUUCAUCAAAUCCAAUAGAAAUGGUGUUCAAACCAUUGGCAAAUAUCAGUCGGCUAAUUCCUUUACAGUCUCUAAAGUAACAGUUCAGGCUGUGACUUGUGAAACAACUGUGGAACAACUCUGUCCAUUUCAUAAGCCUGCUUCACAUUGCCCAAGAGUAUACUGUCCUCGUAACUGUAUGCAAGCGAAUCCACAUUAUGCUCGUGUAAUUGGAACUCGAAUUUAUUCUGAUCUGUCCAGUAUCUGCAGAGCUGCAGUACAUGCUGGGGUGGUUCGAAAUCAUGGUGGUUAUGUUGAUGUUAUGCCUGUGGACAAAAGAAAGAUGUACAUUGCUUCUUUUCAGAAUGGAAUCUUCUCGGAAAGUUUACAAAAUCCUCCAGGAGGAAAGGCAUUCCGAGUAUUUGCUGUUGUGUGAAAUGAAACACUUGGAAGAGGAUCAUAAAGACUAUUCCAAAUGCCAUAUUUCUGAAGUUUGUAUAAAACUGUAACAUUACUGUACAGAAGAUAAUCAAGAUAAUCAACUAUUUUCAGUCCAAAAUAAGUGCCAAAUGCAUAUAAGUCUUGAUAAGUCUAUAAAAGAAAACAUGGGACAUUAGUUUUGGGAAAAUAUUGAAUAUUGUAAUGGUUUUGGAAAUCCUGUGUUAAAUAUUGCUAUAUUUUCUUAGCAGUUAUUUCUAUAGUUAAUUACAUAGUUAUGAUUGUUAUACAUUUCAUAUAUUAUAUGGUGCUUUGUAUAUGCCACUAAUAAAAUGAAUCUAAACAAUGAAUGUGAAUGGCCUUCAGAAAAUCAUCUGGUGCAUUUAAAAAUGAUCAACUCUAAAACUAAAACCUUUUUAUCCCAUUUUCCCCAGUCCAAUAAUGCUAUGCCAUUACCUGUUCCAAAUAAUGUCAAAAUUUUUUCCACUAUUACCUGUACAGUGUUUUUCUUCUACUAAGUUUAGGAAUAUAGAGUAUUAAAUCCUGAUAUUGCACUUCUUAUUUUGUAUAAAAUAACCAUUUAAUAUCCAAAUGAAUUUGUUAAAAUGUUUGAUUCCUUGGGCAUGGACAAUAUUAAAUGAAAUAAAGUUAGAAUAGUGGUAUGAAAACAUUCCUAGUGAUCAUAUAAUAAAUAUAGGAUUAAGCAUGAGCAGCCAGAGCUUUCUAUGUAUUGUUAAAAUUGAGGUCACACAUUUUCUUUUGUAUCCUGGCAAAUACUCCUGCAGGCCAGGAAGUAUAAUAGCAAAAAGUUUAACAAAGUCGAACUAAUGUACUACAUUGCCAUUGCCACUGGUUUUCUUAAUGGUAAAUGACCUUGUGUAUAAAUGUUGCCAUAUUAUGGUACCUAUAAUGAAAAUGUAUUGUGCUUUGAGACUAAAAAUCUGUAAAAUGUUACUUUUGGUAAUUUCUUUUCCUGCUGGUGAAUUUAUUCUUUUCCUAUAAACAUAUUAAAAUUAAUCAUGUUUCAAA